GUCCAAAAACAAUAUAGAGUUGCAAGUUGAUAAUCCACUUGCAAGUUGCAACCCAUGCCUGCGUAAUCUUCUUUCCUUUGCCCUUGCAAGGGAUCAAUAACAACAACAACCACCCUUGUAAUUUCUACUCUCCCAUUUCUCUCUCUACUCAUUCACCUCCAAAAGCAAGAAAAAGAACAAAGAGCUAACCCAACCCCUUCAACAACAAAACUAAUGCAACUUGUACUACAAAAAUAUUAACACUCUUGCCGUCUCCAACACCCUCUCAUAUAUAUGCUUUUGCUUAUUCCACAUCAACAUUUCAUACACAUAUCAAUUAUCAACGGAGUGAAACCUAACUAAGAGAGAUAUUUUUAGUUCUUCUCAUUAUCAUUAUAUAAUUAUAUAUAUAUUUUUUUUAAAAAUAUGCCUUCUUCUCUUCAGUUGGAUAGGUUCAAUCCUAUCACCCACGCCGCCACCACCGCCAUAGCCAACGGCGUAAACUGCCCCAAGCAGCCUCAAGCGCCACCUCCCUCGGUGGCGCGUCGCCUCGUGCUGCCCCUCGCGGUCUCCGACGCGGCGGCGCGCCACCACGCGCACGUUGUGGCACCGAACCAGUGCUGCUCCGUGGUGACGCAGCACGUCGACGCCCCCGUGGCCGCCGUGUGGGCGGUGGUGCGGCGCUUCGACCACCCGCAGGGCUACAAGAACUUCGUGAAGAGCUGCCACGUCAUCACCGGCGACGGCAUUUGCGUGGGCGCCGUCCGCGAGGUGCGCGUGGUGUCGGGGCUCCCCGCCGAGUCGAGCACCGAGCGCCUCGAGAUCCUCGACGACGAGCGGCACGUCAUCAGCUUCAGCGUCGUCGGCGGCGACCACCGCCUCAGGAACUACCGGUCGGUGACGACGCUCCACGCUUCCGGGAAUGGGACACGUGUCGUGGAGUCGUACGUCGUUGACGUACCGCAGGGUAACACUAAGGAGGAAACGUGCGUGUUUGUGGACACCAUCGUACGUUGUAACUUGCAGUCUCUGGCUCAGAUCGCUGAGAACAGGAUCCGAAGUUGUGAACAUGAAAACUCUGGACAACAACACUGUUAACGAGUUCAUUCAUUUACUAUCUAUUUUUCAUUUUUUUUUAUUUAAGAUUUAAUACGGGUUGUGUCUUCCCUCUUCCGGUUUUUUUGUUUCAAAUUCGGGUUCGGAUCUUGCUUCAAGCCCGUAUUUGGAAUUCAUAUCAUGGAUGUAUUGUAGGGUUUUUCGGAUGGCAAUGGUUGAAAUGGAAUCAAUUAAUAUGAUAUAUGUAUAUUCAUAUAUGAUAUAUGUUCAUAUAAAUAUGAAUGAUUAAAUCA